AGUAGCAGCAGCAGCGUAAAAGACCCGAAAGUAGAACACUGAAGAGAACCCAAAAAAAAAAGAAAAAAAAGCAUCUUCCUCAUCCCAAUUUGAUUUUCUUCUCCAAAACCAAAAACCUCAAGAAACCCUAAAAAUGGAGGAAGUCUGCGAGGGCAAGGACUUCUCCUUCCCAAAGCAGGAAGAAACCGUCCUCUCCUUCUGGUCCGACAUCAAGGCCUUCGAGACUCAGCUUCUCCGCUCCCAGAAUCAGCCCGAAUACAUCUUCUACGACGGCCCUCCCUUCGCCACCGGCCUCCCUCACUACGGCCACAUCCUCGCCGGCACUAUCAAGGACGUCGUCACCCGCUUCCACGCCAUGACCGGCCACCACGUCACCCGCCGCUUCGGCUGGGACUGCCACGGCCUCCCCGUCGAGAACGAGAUCGAUCGCAAGCUCGGCAUUACCCGCCGCGACGAAGUUCUGAAGAUGGGGAUCGAUAAGUACAAUGAGGAGUGCAGGAGCAUUGUCACGAGGUACGUGGGGGAGUGGGAGAAGAUCGUCACCAGGACUGGAAGGUGGAUUGAUUUUGGGAAUGAUUACAAGACCAUGGACUUGAAGUUUAUGGAGACUGUUUGGUGGGUUUUUGCCCAGCUCUAUAAAAAGGGCCUUGUUUAUAAGGGUUUUAAGGUCAUGCCGUACAGCACUGGUUGCAAGACACCACUGUCUAAUUUUGAGGCUGGUGAAGAUUAUAGGGAUGUGCCUGACCCUGAAAUAAUGGUGGCUUUUCCGAUUGUCGGUGAUCCACAAAAUGCAGCUUUUGUGGCUUGGACGACAACUCCAUGGACUCUUCCUAGUAAUCUUGCUCUUUGUGUCAAUGCAAAUUUUGUUUAUGUUAAGGUUCGCAGCAAGCAUUCUGGAAAAGUUCUUGUACUUGCCGAAUCUCGAUUGUCUGAACUUCCUAGAGAAAAGCCAAAGCAAAGCGCAACUAAUGGACCUGUUGAUGAUUCAAAGAAAUCAAAAACUAAGACAUCCUCAGGUGGAAAGAAGGAAAGUAUUGAGGAUUCUUUUGAGGUUUUGGAAAAAGUUACGGGGGCUUCACUAGUGGGAAUGAAGUGGUAACCACUGUUCAAUUACUUUUCAGAGUUCUCUGAAGUAGCAUUUAGAGUUGUUGCAGACAAUUAUGUUACUGAUGGUAGUGGUACUGGCAUAGUCCAUUGUGCUCCUGCAUUUGGUGAAGAUGAUUAUCGUGUUUGCAUGGAAAAUCAGGUUAUCACUAAGGGAGAGAACCUGAUCGUAGCAGUUGAUGAUGAUGGCUGCUUUACUUCAAGGAUUACGGAUUUCAGUGGGCGCUAUGUCAAGGAUGCAGAUAAAGAUAUUAUUGAAGCAGUAAAGGCAAAGGGAAGGCUCAUCAAGACUGGAACAAUCACACAUUCUUAUCCUUUUUGCUGGAGAUCUAAAACUCCUCUAAUUUAUAGAGCUGUUCCAAGCUGGUUUAUUCGGGUGGAACAAUUAAAAGAUCAAUUAUUAGAAAACAACAAGCAGACAUAUUGGGUUCCUGAUUUUGUGAAGGAAAAACGUUUUCACAAUUGGCUGGAAAAUGCGAGAGACUGGGCUGUUAGUCGAAGUAGAUUUUGGGGCACCCCUCUUCCUGUGUGGAUCAGCGAGGACGGAGAGGAAAUAGUUGUUAUGGAUUCCAUUGAGAAACUUGAAAAGCUUUCUGGUGUCAAGGUAUUUGACCUGCAUCGGCACAAUAUUGAUCACAUCACAAUUCCAUCCGGCCGUGGUCCUGAGUUUGGUGUUCUACGGCGCAUUGAUGAUGUUUUUGAUUGUUGGUUUGAGAGUGGAUCCAUGCCUUAUGCUUAUAUCCACUAUCCUUUUGAGAACGCUGAACUCUUUGAGAACAAUUUUCCGGGGCAUUUUGUGGCUGAAGGCCUAGACCAGACUCGUGGAUGGUUCUACACUCUUAUGGUGUUGUCUACUGCAUUAUUUGGAAAACCUGCUUUUAGGAAUCUCAUUUGUAAUGGGCUAGUCUUAGCUGAGGAUGGAAAAAAGAUGAGUAAAAGUUUAAGAAACUAUCCCUCUCCAAUGGAAGUUAUUGAUGAUUAUGGAGCUGAUGCGUUACGGUUAUACCUCAUAAAUUCGCCAGUUGUACGUGCAGAGCCAUUACGUUUUAAGAAGGAAGGAGUCUAUGGUGUUGUUAAGGAUGUAUUCCUUCCUUGGUACAAUGCGUAUAGGUUCCUUGUUCAAAAUGCAAAGAGACUCGAGGUUGAAGGGUCUGGAUCAUUCACCCCUGUUGAUCAGGCCACCCUUGAGCAGUCGUCCAAUGUUCUUGACCAGUGGAUCAACUCUGCUACACAAAGUCUUGUUUAUUUUGUCCGACAGGAGAUGAAUGCUUAUCGUCUUUACACAGUGGUUCCAUAUCUUUUGAAGUUUCUUGAUAACCUCACAAACAUAUAUGUGAGGUUCAACCGCAAGAGACUGAAAGGCCGUACUGGAGAAGAAGAUUGUAGGAUUGCACUGUCUACUCUUUACAAUGUCCUUCUAGUGUCAUGUAAAGUCAUGGCUCCGUUCACACCAUUCUUCACUGAGGUUCUUUAUCAAAACAUGCGAAAGGUUUCUAAUGAUUCAGAGGAAAGCAUUCAUUUUUGCAGUUUUCCUGUAGCAGAAGGAAAGAGGGAUGAACGAAUUGAACAAAGUGUUUCAAGGAUGAUGACUAUUAUUGACCUUGCCCGUAACAUUAGGGAACGUCACAACAAGCCUCUUAAAACACCCCUGAGGGAGAUGGUUAUAGUUCAUCCUGACUCUGACUUUCUUGAUGAUAUUGCUGGAAAGCUAAGAGAGUACGUGUUGGAGGAACUCAAUGUACGAUCUCUUGUUACAUGCAAUGAUACUUUGAAGUAUGCUUCCUUGCGUGCUGAGCCUGACUUUAGUGUAUUGGGUAAGCGGCUUGGAAAAUCUAUGGGAGUUGUUGCCAAGGAAGUCAAAGCAAUGUCACAGGAAAAUAUUUUAGCUUUCGAGAGAGAUGGAGAAGUUACUAUUGCUGGUCACUGUUUGAAGCUCUCUGAUAUUAAGGUUGUUCGAGAUUUCAGACGUCCUGAUGGAACAACGGAAAAGGAGGUUGAUGCGGCAGGAGAUGGUGAUGUUUUGGUAAUUUUAGAUUUGCGUCCAGAUGAGUCAUUGUUUGAGGCUGGUGUUGCUCGUGAGAUUGUUAAUAGGAUUCAGAAGUUACGGAAGAAAGCUGCACUUGAACCUACUGACAUUGUGGAGGUUUACUUCGAAUCAUUGGAUCAAGAUAAAUCAAUUUCACAACGAGUCUUACAGUCACAGGAGCAUUACAUAAGAGAUGCAAUUGGUUCGCCGUUGCUUCCUUCCGGUUUGAUGCCAUCAUAUGCUGUAAUCAUUGCCGAGGAGCGUUUCCAUGGAAUUUCUGGCUUGUCAUUCGUGAUUAGUUUGUCACGCCCUGCUCCAGUGUUAAACUCAAAUGCCGUACUGCCAUUAUGUUCGGUUUCAGGAAAUGCAAAGGUCUCCAACGGGCUGAGGACUUAUCUGUUAUCAAGAGAUCAUUCGAAUUUGAAGUCUGAGUUUCAAAAUGGAAAUGGCAAGAUAACGGUUGAUUCCGUUGAAAAUAUUCCUUCCCUGGAUUUAGUGCUAGGAGAACACGUGUUUUUGACAGUUGGGGACUUCUACUCUGCCACAAAAUCUGGAAAAUUUUGAUUAUUGUCUUCUUUCUCCUUGGGAAAAAAGUCUCACAUUUUUGAAAUUUCGUUCGGUUUUUGUAUAGACGACGACAGAAGAAGAUAAUUUAUUCUUUCAAAUUGGAUUAUCAUACAAGAAUAUAAAGAGAUGCAAGAAAUUCUUAAUCCAGAUUGGGUGACCGGAUUUGAUUUUCUAUUUUAGAAGCAUUUCUAAAGCAAUGCCAAAUUGAUGUACUGAUGCUAAAUUUUUGGCGUUUGAGUGAAAAUGUCACUCUCCAAUGUAAUGUUAUUUUUUAUGUUAAAUUUGUAGCAUUAUGGUUUGAAACACGAAAUAGAAUAACACUCAAAUGUUACUUUUACACUUUUUA